UCCGGCCGGCGCGCGGCGGGGCGGCGGGGUCUGGCGAGGCCCGGCUUGGCCAGCAUGAUCAGGAUCGCCGCGCUCAACGCCAGCUCGGCCGUCGAGGACGACCCCGAAGGGACCUUCAAGAGCCACAAGUCGCAGACCAAGGAGGCGCAGGAGGCAGAAGCCUUUGCCUUGUACCACAGAGCGCUGGACCUUCAGAAACACGACCUCUUUGAGGAGUCCGCCAAGGCUUACCAUGAACUGCUCGAGACCCGUCUCUUGCGCGAGGCAGUUCCAUCUGGGGAUGAGAGGGAGGGAUUAAAACAUCCCGGCUUGAUGCUGAAAUAUUCGACUUACAAAAACUUGGCCCAGCUGGCUGCACAGCGAGAUGACAUUGAGACAGCUAUGGAAUUCUACCUGGAGGCUGUGCUACUCGACUCCACUGAUGUCAACUUAUGGUAUAAAAUUGGUCAUGUGGCACUCCGGCUUACUCGCCUGCCCCUGGCGCGGCAUGCCUUUGAGGAAGGGCUUGCCUGUAAUCCGGAUCACUGGCCUUGUUUAGAUAACCUCAUCACCGUUCUCUACACUCUCAGCGACUACACAACGUGCUUGUAUUUCAUUUGCAAAGCGCUGGAGAGAGAUAACUGUUACAGCAAAGGACUUGUUAUUAAGGAGAAGAUCUUUGAGGAGCAGCCGUGCCUCAGAAAGGACUCCUUGAGGAUGUUCCUUAAAGGUGACCUGUCAGCGUAUGAUGUCCCUGUGAGUGCCUCCGAAACACAAGCAAUUCUCGAAGAGGCCCUGGAGCUGCGCAGGAAAAGACAGGCUUUGAUGGCACGGAAGACCGAGCCGGAUAUCAAGCUCACCCAGCCCAUUUUGCUGUUCACGUGGAAAUCUCUGGGAGAGAGCUUGAUGGCCACGUACCUGCAUCUCACAACCUGCGAGCCACCUCGUCCCAGCUUGGGCAAAAGAAUUGAUCUCUUGGAAUACCAAGAUCUAGACCAGCACCCAGAUAGCCAUACAAGUCCAGCUCCCCUCAGCGUUCUUCACCCCAGUCCUGUCAGUGCUGACCCGCUGGUGCCUUUGACGGAACCGCUACUCACAUACACGCCACUAACACCCAACUUCCCCAGUUUGGCUAUGCUGGAAUCAGUAAACCCUGCAGGUGAUGCUUCUGUGGGUGACAGAUCUAAGAAAGGACUGAAACGGAAGAAAAUCACAGAAGAGAGUGGCGAGACGGCAAAGAGGAGAUCGGCUCGAGUCAGGAAUACCAAGUGCAAAAAAGAGGAAAAAGUUGAUUUCCAGGAGUUGCUAGUAAAAUUCCUCCCUUCACGCCUGAGGAAGCUUGAUCCGGAAGAAGGAGAUGGUCCAUUCAACCACUAUGAGGUCCAAACCGCAGCAAAGGAAGAGAAUUUCCAGCACCUUGGCUCACACAGAAUGUCUCUUGACCUGACAGUCUGUAUGGAAUCCGAGAAGCAGGAUGUUCAUAAAUUCCUGUUGGCUAAUUUGAACAAUGGAGGCAUCCUUGAACUGAUGAUGAGAUACCUGAAAGUGAUCAGCCAGAAGUUCCUGGUCAAGUGGCCACCAGGCUUGCCUGAGGUUGUCCUGAAUAUCUAUAACAACUGGAGAAAGCACAGCAGUAGCCUGCCCAACCCACUGUUAAGGGACUGUCGCAAUCAACACAUCAGGGAGAUGAUGCUGAUGAGUCUGUCCUGCAUGGAACUGCAGCUGGAUCAGUGGUUGCUGGCCAAGGGGAAGAGCUCCAUGGUAUCUCCCAGGAGCGGUCCUGCAGCCAGCUCUGCAAAUGGCAGGUUUGGCCCUGACUUCCCAGGCACCCAUUUCUUGGGGGAUCUCCUGCAGCUUUCAUUCGCUUCUUCCCAGCGGGACCUCUUUGAGGAGAGUUGGUUGCAGUUUGCCGUUCGAGUGUAUUGGCUGAAAGCUCGGUUUCUGGCUCUGCAGGGUGAAAUGGAGCAGGCCUUGGAGAAUUACGAUGUCUGUACAGAGAUGCUUCAGCAUUCUGCUGCCUUGGAAGCCAAGCCUGACAGCGACCAGAGGGUGGUGAUCAGACUGCCCAACCUCCACGUUGAUUCUGUGGUUUCUUUGGAAGAGAUUGAUAAGAAUCUGAAGUCCCUGGAGAGAUGCCAGUCCUUGGAGGAGCUUCAGCGCUUGUAUGAGACUGGGGAUUACAGGGCAGUGGUUCAGUUGCUCCGCCCGACUUUGUGCCUCAGUGGGGAUAGCAGGACGAAGCACUUGGAGUUUGUCAUCUCCAUACCAGAGAGGCCAGCUCAGCUUCUCUUACUACAGGAUUCCCUUCUCCGGCUGAAGGACUAUAAGCAGUGCUUUGAGUGUUCCGAAGUGGCCUUGAAUGAAGCUUUUCAGCAGAUGGUUAAUACAACAGCAGCGUCUGCCAAGGAAGAGUGGGUGGCCACCGUGACCCAGCUGCUCCAGGGCAUUGAUCACUCUCUCUCAGCAGACAGCAGCAGCCUAAAUGAAGCUUGUGCGGUGCAGAACCUCAUUCGACUAAGUAACAACCUCAUCCAGAUUAUCGAUUGCAGCAUGGCAGUCCAGGAGGAACCCAAAGAACCAUUUGUAUCUUCUGUGCUUCCCUGGAUUAUUCUUCAUCGGAUCAUUCAACACGAAGAAGAAAAUUUCCGAUCCCUUUGCUGCCAACAAGAAGAUCAGCUGCAGAAUCCACACGAGGAAGUGUCUUCAAUUCAAGACACACCCAUGCUGCCUUCCUCCCUUAUGCUACUGAACACUGCCCAUGAAUAUCUUGGAAGGAGAUCAUGGUGCUGCAACUCAGAUGGAGCUCUUCUUAAAUUUUAUGUGCGGGUUCUGCAAAAAGAGCUGUUAGCCUCCACCUCUGAAGACACCCAUCCUUAUAAAGAGGAGCUGGAGACGGCUUUGGAGCAGUGUUUUUAUUGCCUGUACGGCUUCCCAAGCAAAAAGAGCAAAGCACGGUACCUGGAAGAACAUUCUACACAGCAGGUGGAACUGAUCUGGGAAGAUGCCCUAUUCAUGUUUGAAUAUUUUAAGCCCAAGACCCUUCCUGAAUUUGACAGCUAUAAAACCAGCACCGUCUCUGCUGACCUAGCCAACCUUCUGAAGAAGAUGGCCACUAUUGUCCCUCAAACAGACAAGCCUAUGCUGAGAUUAGAAGAAGUGUCUAGUUAUAUUGAAGGGACUUUGAGCAAGGUCCCAGCCCUCCCUGAGGGCGCAGACUUCUCUCCCCCAGUCGUGACGGAGCUGUACUACCUCCUGGCUGACUACCACUUCAAGAAUAAAGAGCAGUCCAAGGCAAUCAAGUUCUACAUGCACGACAUCAGCAUCUGCCCUCACAGGUUUGACUCCUGGGCGGGCAUGGCACUGGCCCGGGCCAGCCGCAUUCAGGACAAACUGAACUCCAAUGAACUGAAGAGCGACGGCCUCAUCUGGAAGCACUCCGCUCCAGUGCUGAACUGUUUCAAACGAGCCCUCGAGAUCGACGGCUCCAACCUCUCUCUCUGGAUAGAGUACGGGACCAUUUCCUACGCCCUGCACUCGUUCGCAUCCCGGCAGCUGAAGCAGUGGAAGUCGGAACUGCCGUCCGAGGUGGUGCAGCAGAUGGAGGAGCGGCGCAAUGGCAUGUUGGAGACGGCCAAGCACUGCUUCACAUCGGCUUCCCACUGCGAGGGUGACGGAGAUGAAGAGGAGUGGCUGAUCCACUACAUGUUGGGGAAGAUCGCUGAGAAGCAGAAGCAGCCCCCUGGGGUCUACCUCUUCCACUACAAGCAGGCGGGCCACUUCCUGCACGAAGAGGCAGCCCGGUACCCCAAGAAGAUCCACUACCACAACCCGCCAGAGCUCGCAAUGGAGGCCCUGGAGGUCUACUUCCGGCUCCAUGCGUCGAUCCUGAAACUAGUGGGAAAACCUGACACUGGAGCAGAUGCGGAGCUGCUCGUGACUUUUAUGAAGGAAGCUGCGGAGGGGCCUUUCGCCAGGGGAGAGGAAAAGGAAAAGAAUACACCCAAAAUCUCUGAAAAGGAAAAGCUUUGCAUGGUAGAUGACGACUCGCAUUCUUCUGCAGGAACUGUGCCAGGCCCGGGGACUUCCCUGCUCUCUUCCUCCGGUCCAGGUCUGACUUCCCCACCCUACACAGCCACUCCAGUUGACCACGAUUACGUCAAAUGUAAAAAAAGCCAUCAUCAGGCAACACCGGAUGACAGGAGCCAGGAUAGCACAGCGGUGGUGCUCUCGGACUCCAGUUCCACCCAGGACACGUUUAUGGAGCUUGCCAGCCCUCAGGAGAGCGCAAGGAAGCCUCUUCUGGAAGGGAGACCCUGCACAUCCUGCUCAGAGCCUGCAGCGCCUGGGAAGGAGAGCCUGGGACCCACAGAGGAGAGGGGGAAGCCGGAGGACGCCCUGGAGAACCCUGAGCCCUGCCGGGCUGCUGAGCAGAAGCCCCCUCCCCAGGUGCCCACCAAAGCUGCCACUCCCCCUGUCUCCCAGGGGGACCCCAGGAGGCCAGCCGAGCCCCUCUGCCCGAGCCAGUUUGCCCAGAGCCUCCCGGCGGACCUGGAGGAGCAGCGCGCGUUCCUGACGGGGCGCUGCAUCGCCUCCUUCCACCUCUGCCUCAGCCGCUUCCCGCAGCACUACAAGAGUCUCUACCGGCUGGCCUACCUCUACGCGUGCAGCCCCACGCACAAGAAUCUCCCGUGGGCGCGCGAUGUGCUGCUAGGCAGCAGUCUCCCCUGGCAGCAGCUGAAGCACAUGCCAGCACAGGGUCUCUUCUGCGAGAGGAACAAGACCAAUUUCUUCAACGGAAUUUGGCGCAUCCCUGUGGAUGAAAUCGACCGUCCGGGCAGCUUCGCCUCGCACAUGAACCGCUCCAUUGUCCUGCUGCUGAACGUGCUGUCCCAGCUGAAGGAUUAUCCCACCCUGCUGAGAAUCUCCUCUAUGCUGCAGAGGACCCCAGACCAGGGAAAGAAAUACUUGCGGGAUGCGGAUCGCCAGGUUCUUGCCCAGCGCGCCUUCGUCCUCACCGUGAUGGUGCUGGAGGACAUGCUGCGUGAGCUCACAGAGGUCUCUGACGAUCCGAGUGGACAGUGCCGCAGCAUUUUGGAGACAAGAAUGACCACUGAUGUCUUCAGCAAGGCUGGUGCGGAUGAAGGGCAGGAAACCCUGCCCCCAAAGGCAGCCCUGUCCGAAGGGGAGGUUGCGUCUUACGGCGCUGAAAAUGUGUCCCGAGAGGAGACCCAGGGUCGGCCCCUCCCCACAACAGAGCAAGCGGAGGGGAGGCUGGAGAAAGAUGUACAAGAGGCAUCCCAGCUGGGCACCACCGAGCCCAUGGAGUGCGAAGACUUCUCCAGCCAGCCUGAAAAAAUGGACGCUUCCUCUCUCUAUCCCGAGCCGGCCCAAGCGCCCUCCAGUAAGGCCUGCAAGGACAAGGCCCCUGAGAGCCGGACGGCAGAGCUGUCUCUGGAGGACCUGAGCAUCAGCUCGAAGCACCAGCAACUGGAGGCAGGGAGGAUCCAGGCGCAGGCCUGCCCCACGGAGGAGGCGAACCCAAGGCCGAGCCGGAAGAGGAAGCUGGCCAGCGACACAGAGUCUGGGAAGACCCUCCUUCUGGAUGCGUACCGCGUGUGGCAGCAAGGUCAGAAGGUCAUGACCUACGACCUGGGAAAAAUUGAGAAGAUCAUGUCUGAGACAUACAUGCUCAUUAAGCAGGUCGAUGAAGCGGCAGCUCUGGAACAGGCCGUCAAGUUCUGUCAAGUGCACAUUGGCGCUUCUGCCCAGAAGCAGUCGGCCGGAGACACCCCCACCACACCAAAGCACCCCAGGGACGGCAGGGACCACUUCUUUGCCGCCGCUCCCAAGUCGCUGACGCCCCCCAUGGGGACUGCCGCAGACGUCGCAGACGCCUCGGCUGCAGAAGCCCUCCCAAGACUGACGGACCAGCAGGCCAAGCCCAAGGCAGCCUCGCCCUCCUCCUCCUCCUCCUCCUCUGCUGGCGGCCUCCUGCCACCCCCGGAGCACGCAGGGGCGGAGAACAUCAAGGAGACACCCCCCACCUCCAGCCCCAGGCCUGGUAAGCUUUUCCCUCGGGAAGGAGCACGGGAACGCGGGGCACACGGAGGACGCCGGGCCUGCUCCCACCUGCCUUGGGGAGUCUCUUCCUGCUGUGGGCGGUGGUUGCUUUGGGCAGACGUGGGACCCCUUUGAAACGUGCUUGUUUGA